UACAUUUUCAAAUUCCGUAAAAAAUAAAAAAAAAAUCUCUCUCCGCCUCCGAAUCUCUCCCCAAUGGCGGCGACGCUUACUAGAGACCAGUACGUUUACAUGGCGAAGCUCGCCGAGCAGGCGGAGCGGUACGAGGAGAUGGUUCAGUACAUGGAGCAGCUUGUCGCCGGCGCGACUCCUACCGGCGAGCUGACGGUGGAGGAGCGGAACCUACUCUCCGUCGCCUACAAGAACGUGAUCGGAUCUCUACGCGCGGCUUGGCGAAUUGUGUCAUCGAUCGAGCAGAAGGAAGAGAGCCGUAAGAACGACGAGCACGUUUCGCUCGUCAAGGAUUACAGAUCUAAGGUCGAGGCUGAGCUCUCCUCCGUCUGCUCCGGCAUCCUCAGGCUUCUGGAUUCCCAUCUGAUUCCCUCCGCCGCCGCAAGCGAGUCGAAGGUGUUUUACCUGAAGAUGAAAGGGGAUUACCAUCGCUACAUGGCGGAGUUUAAGGUCGGGGAUGAGAGGAAAACAGCUGCGGAAGAUACGAUGCUCGCGUACAAAGCAGCUCAGGACAUUGCGCUUGCUGAUAUGGCACCUACACACCCAAUAAGGCUGGGUCUGGCCCUCAACUUCUCUGUCUUCUACUAUGAGAUUCUGAAUUCUUCUGAGAAAGCAUGUAGCAUGGCCAAACAGGCUUUCGAAGAAGCGAUCGCUGAGUUAGACACACUAGGAGAAGAGUCCUACAAAGACAGCACUCUCAUCAUGCAACUGCUGAGGGACAAUCUAACCCUUUGGACCUCCGAUAUGCAGGAGCAGAUGGAUGAGGCCUAAGCAGCUACGGGAGAGAGAGGGUUUUGUUCAUUCAUGUUGCCUCGCCUCCACAUGGGACAUGAGAGCUCAAAGCCCUAGAGAAAGGAGAAACCUUCUGCUACAAACGUGUUUAUGAUUUAUGUCGCAUUUGCGCAGUUUGGUCUUUUGGUGACAUGUCUCUCUGUGUUAAACUGAAAACCAUACUCUCUUUAAUUAUUCUCUCUGGUUCGCUCGCUCUCUGUUAUAUGGCUCAGCAAAAUGAUGCUGGCGUGGGAGAGAACAUGCUGGCGUGGCUUAUGAUACUGCCGAAUUAUGAUC